CUUGCAGAACAAUCCGACGACGCUCACCGUCAGGUCUACGAGGGUCAGCAGCACCACGAGGCCAAGUUCUCUCACGAGCUUCUGGCCGGCGCCGCUUCCUUCGAGGGCAUGAAGCUCUUCGAGGACCACCAGCGCAAGCAGGGCAAGACCGUGAACCACGCUUUCGCCAAGGAGCUCCUUGCUGGCUUCGUCGGCGCUGAGAUUGACAAGCUCGCCGAGACCAAGGGUAUGGACGAGGUUGAGAAGCACCGUGCCAAGCAGCACGCCGAGCAGAACGCCCAUCAGAUGUACGAGGAGCACUACGAGCGCCGCCACGGCGCCCCCGAAUUCGACCCUCGCAUCCCCCCUCCUCCCCGCUUCGGCUCUGAGGGCCGUGGCUGGUACUAA